AUGGAGGAGACUGUGCGGUCUUUGCUUCAAUACAAAAGCUGCGUGGAAACUCUGAAGCAAGAGAAAGCUUCUUUGUCAUCUGCUCUCGAGACGUCAGCAGCGCACUACCAGAGCCAACUGACGACGCUGAGCGCGGAAAACGAACGGCUGCGAGGACAGUUGUCCGCGUUGUCCGCCGGCCUCGGUGGCGACCAGGAGCGGCGCCUCGACGAUGUUGCGCAGCAGGUUGUGCGGGCGCUACUGUCGCAGAAGAGCGUCCGCGAAGAGUUGUGCUGUGCUAGAGCGCGUGUUCGCGAGUUGGAAGCACAGAACCGCGCGCUAAGCGCACUGCUGGUGCGGCAACUGCGGCCGCAGCCCCGCCCGUCGCCCGCCACGCCGCACACGCCGCACACGCCGCACACGCCCAAAGACUUACAAGUUCACGUGGUGGAGGUGGGGUCCUGUGGGUCGCUGGUGUCGUUCCGCGACUCGCCGCCCCCGUCCCACCCGCACCCGCUCUGUCACGACGACAAGCGUCGCCAUCAGAUCCUCGCCGACAUUUGGACCGAGCUCAAGGGUCUAGAAGUGACGCCGGCGAACCUGGCGCGUGCUCUGUCUGCAGUGGACCCGACUCUGUGGGCUCCGCCAGCUCGACCCGCCACUUUGAGUCUCAACAUGCAGCAGCCUUGUACUGACGCAGUAAAGGGUGCCAGUGAAGAGAAAGCAACAGAGGAAGAAAGCGGCGAAGUAGGCGAGGCGGGGGCCGAGUCACCUGAAAGUGGCGCCAAAGAUGAAGGUUACUCUACCAUGUCCAGCGACGUGCAAGCUGACGCAUCGCGACAGAGUGACCACGCAGCCGACAGAGCCCUGCCCGAUCUCAAUGAAGCCUCAGACGAAACUGAUAACCAAACUAUAGUCUCAAUUAAUCCUCGUGAAUCUCGACGACAUGCGCGCAUGCUGGCCGAUGCUGAUUAUAUAUAUUUUCCAGUAGGUGUAGCGUUCGCUGGAGUCAGAGGCAGCUAUCCCCCCUCACGACCCGUCCUUCCUUUUCAACAUGUCGUAAGGAGCUUUUCUGACUCACAUCUCUGCUUGAAACUUAUAGCAGGAACAACCUGCUCUACUAGCUGUCUAGACAGCCCAAGUCCGAGCUCAGGAGUUUUAGUAUUGGACUUAAAACCGGCGCCUGAAAGACCUUUAAGAAGGCCCGCAAUAGCUUCGACGACAAGUUCGGAAAGAGUUUCGUGGGGCAGCACUGUUGAUGAACGAGCUGACGGUUCCCAGUUUGACGCCGAUUAUGUACAACAUUGGCUAGAACUUGAUGAUGCAAGAUCGGCACUGCAACAAAGACAUCGAGACAUAGCAGAUUUAGAAUAUGAUAGAGCUGAAUUAGAAGACUGGAGCUUAUCGCUAUCGUGUGAAGAUCUUAGAGAUAGACAAUCCCCUUUUGCUGAAAUAACAACACCUGGUCAAAUAUCACUGUCCACCUUGCCGAGUAUUAGAGAGGAUGAUGCUUUAGAAUUAGAAGAAGACGUCGGGGAUUGUUUGUGGAAUGAUUGUGGAUUUGCAACGAUAGAAAUCGACGAAUGUAAAAUGACUGACGAUCCUGAUAACGCGGAAAAGAGAUGGGAGUGCUCUGGAACACAUUCGCCUGGAGGUUCCUGGUCAAGCGCUUCGGAUGCCCCUGAAAAACGUUCUAGUACGGCGUUAAGCGAAGACGGUGAUUGCACUAAUAUCGGUCUAGAUUUCACAAGAGACUUUUACCGUCUCGUCAAAUAUGAGAGCACUAAAAGUCUAGCAUCUAAUUCUUCUAGAGGUAUUCCAUCUCAAGAUCCGGGCAGCCAUUUGCGAAUACACGACGUCCAAGCUAUGGCAUUGCAGGACCGUGAACAAGCGUUACAAAAUGUGCUCCAUUUUAUAGCAGAGCAGCAGAAGUAUUGCCGUGACAGGGAAGAAUCAGACUCAAUGUCCUCUCGACCUGUAUCUGAAAUAAGAGAAUUACCUCCUCCAUAUGCAGCAGCAGAUUACGACGACGAUUCGAUAGGUCCACGUAGCGAGAUAUCAGAAGACAGGCAACGUCCAGAUUCUUUCGGCAGUUUUUCCGAAAAUGAUUCUAGCGAUAUAACUUCCGGUGAUAGACCAAAAAUAGUAUUGCGCGAAGCCGUUUCUGAACCAAAGUGUACACCGAGAUUCAUCGAAAGGGAGGAUCCUUACGCGGAGUCUGAAGAUUACUAUGAUGAAUUCUCUCAGGUGGAAAACGCAGAAAAUGAAGUAGAUGAACAACAUCUAUUAAAAGUGCAAAUAAAAAAUGAAAUAAAUAAAAGUAUCGACCCCAGUAACCCGUCCGAUUUGAAUCAGCCCUUACAGCAAAAGGACGAGAGACCUUGUGAUAUCGAAUCUAGUCGUAACGUAGACUACAAUUCUGCCUUAAAAGAGAACACGGUUAAUAUCAUGCUAAACAAACAAGUUACGUUAUGCGAAAGGGUAGAAUUGGAACCAAGUUUGACCAAAUCGCCGAGCUUUCCAUUCACAAGUGGAGAAACGGAGAUAUCCUUGGUCGAGGAAGUGUUAAGUGCUUGUAGGAGGAGCACAGGAAUUUUAGUACCCGUCCCCGAAGAAGAAGAAGGUUCAUCGCCCGAAACUAAUUCACCCCAGAUGACUGAAUCGAACACGACUAGCACUUCUACAGCAGAAACUGUGAUAAUAAGUAAUAAAAACGAUGGUACUCAGAGAGAAAUUAGACCAAGAAAUGAUAGAAGCCGCAUACCUACUCUCUUAGGUGGAAAAAGACCACCAUCUUCUCCAAACAGGACCAGGUCAAAAAUUCCUGUUGCAGAGAAAAGUCGCCCGGGUACAAUGCAAUCUCUUCCUACACCUGAGCCUAUCAUAGUGAGACAAGAGCACACGCUGAGCUUCCACGAGGCUGCCACGUCGAAAGACGUUAUUGACGAGCUUAACAGAAUGAUUCGUCAAAGCGAAGGUCCGGCUGCAGCGGCCGAGGUGAAGGUGAGUGACGAGAAAGCAUGCGCGAACAAAGACAACGCGUUGUGGGCGCCAACGGGUUGGGUGCACGUGGAGAAGGACAUAGAUUUCAGUGAUCCAAAGGCCCGUGCAAACCUGCUUGAUGUCAUGUUAGCAUCCAGCGACUCCUCGCCGUCGUCUUGUGGUUCAUCACCAGCAGAAGCCCCAGCGCCGUAUUCACGAUUGCAUCACCUACAUCGCUCUAGGAGACAGAAAACUGCGGCGGCGCUGCGUAGCCGCGGCCUCGCCGUGCUCCGCUUCUCGCGCUCCAGACGCCCAUCCAUCCUCGGCCGCGACGGCUUCUUCGUCCGCUACGGCGAAAGAGAACGCGACGCCGUCGCCACCUUCGAUUUCCUCGACGACCUCUCCGGCGGCUCCUCUCCGGACACCAAAGACUGUACCUAA